ACAUUAAUUCCAAUGCUGGAACCGUGCGAACACAAUUCGUCUGGAAUACUACUAAAACGAGUAUCGGACGAUGUUUCUACUUUUCUCCGUUUUAUUGUUUCGUUACGGAUUUGUGCAGUGUGCAGUGGACAGAAACAUGAUUUGGGACAAAAAUCGACAGGAAUUCGUAGAUCUGUACAGUGUUCCGAGAUUUGCUGGCUUGCGAGAAAGAGCGUUAGCCAGGGAAGGAGAUUUUAACGCGGAACAUAUCAGCGGGAAAGUUCUGAAGGCGUCUUACUACGAGGACGGGGAUUUAGUUUCGUUUUAUGAGAACGAUACGAAGGUGAGUGGAAUCUACGGGGAAAUAUGGAACCUGCUCGCGGAUCAUCUGAACUUUACAUUGAUUCCGAUAAAGUAUGAAAAACGCGAUUUUGGUAUACGUUUGGAGAACGGAAGCUACACCGGGCUGAUGGGACUGCUUCAGCGAAACGAAGCUCAUAUUAUUUUGCGAACAGGGUACUAUACUGGCCGCGCGAGUUUGUUGGACUAUACGACACCUGUCUCCCAAACUCAAUAUCAGUUGUACAUAAAGCCGGAAUACAAACACAGCAACACAUGGAUAAUUAUGGUGUUCGAGCGUCGCAUUUGGUACAUCCUACUGUUUAUGUUUCUCGUGCUCAGCCUGGCUGGGUACGUCCUCCAAAACAAACAACACCGCAACUCGAGAAAAAAAAAACGAAAACAGGAGCGCGAACACUUCACUUUCAUCGACCAUGUCUUUUACACGUACUCCAUAAUGUGCAGUCAAGGUCACAUUCCAAAUUCUUAUCAUAGUCAGAUCAAGAUACUAUCGCUGUCGAAGAGUGUAUUCGCGUGGUUGAUUCUGCUGAGCUUUAGCUCGGAUCUUAUUUACCAAAUGACGAAUCGUGUCAUGACGCUUCCGUUCAAAAACUUCGACACUUUAUUAAAUAAAACCAACUACGAUGUAUUAGUUUUUAAAGGGUCCAUGAUUUACGAGUUCAUGAAGGCUGGCGUUGAACGAUCGCGAAAGCUGUCCAAGCGUUACGACGUCACGAAACGUAUACAUUUCAUAGAGGACUCGAGCAUGAUGCAUAAGACUGUUUGCCACAGCGAGAAAAAGUACGCGAUGUUGGAAACCGAGGACAAAGUAUACAUGAAGAACAGACACGUGUGUCACGUGAUUCCAGUAGGUGACAAUUACUUUCAAAGUUGGACUGGAUUUGCUUUGCCGAAACGUUUUCCAUAUAAGAAGGUCAUAAAUGUAUCAAUAUUGAAGCUACACGAAUUUGGCUUGAUAGACGUCCUAAAAGAUCGCUGGUUCAAACAUCGAAUCAAGUACGAGCAGAAAAAGACGUUCAAGACGAUCGAUAUGGAACAAGUGUAUUUGAUUCUAUGCAUACCAUUCGUCGGUAUCGCUCUAUCCCUGGUAGUACUGUUCCUCGAAAAAGCUAUAUCUUUCUGUGAAAAUAAUUCUAAACGAUUAACAUAAGUACAAAGAACUGUACGGGCGUUCUACUUUGAUUAGUUCGCGACUGCAUUUUUUAAUAAAAAAAUACUCUAUUUAUUUUAUCUUGUAUCUACUAAACAAAGGGAGGUAAUAAUGAAACUGAUUCUUUUCAAUUUUAAUCUUCCCUUCAG